AUGUGCAGUGCCACAUACACUAUGGGAAAUCAGGAAAAGAGUUAUGAUAAAUGGACCCAACCUGGCUGGAGAAUAGAGCAGAAGUAUGCAAACAAGGUUCUUAUUGGCAACUGGGUGGAAGAGAAGUUUCAGUUCACUCGAGAGUGUAAGACAGCCAACAGCACCAACCGUGCAGACUACCAGCCACAGUGGGACCACCGGCCAGACGUCAUCCUCAGACGAGAGGCGCUGCGGAAAGCUGAGGGCCUUCCCGCUAAGCUGCUUCUCUCCCACCAUGGCACGCUGCCCUCCCAUUACCUGGUCACCCUCUAUGAUGAGAUGUAUGGGCGCCAGGGCACCUCCACCCUGCCUCCCUUGCGCUCCUGGCAUCCAGACAGGCUGGCGUGGACGCCAGAGAAGUCUGACCACCCAAGCUUGGCACCUCCAACUAACUUUGGCCUGGUGGAGUCUAGACAGGUCCGUCUGGACCAGCAGCAGUCCCCCCUCCCUGCGCUGAGUGUGUAUAGGUCAGCGUACCAGAAGUACCCACUCAGUGCUUUCUGCCAGCCCCGCUUCGCCAGUGUGCCACGAGGCCACUCCAGUAAGCGCCAUCCUGCCAAUCGAAUCAACAAGGACAUGGAUCUGAAACAACGGCCCUGCAGACAGGUCCCAGACAACUCAGUCUCCGCCAGCCUCCUCCCUCCCCUGUCUGUUGUGUAGACACAGAGCUCGGGCCCUGAGAUGGCGCCUCACACGCUGUUUCAAUACUCCGUGCUCCAAGGCAUGAAAAUUUAAAUGAAGCAGAACAUAUGGGAUAUCAAAAUAUGUAGAAAAUUAAACAGGAGUCUCAUUAUAA